UGUCACAAGCGAUAGAUAUAAACAUGACAUUAUUAUUAUAAUACAAUGUAAACGAAAUUAUUGAACAAAUUUAAUGUUACCUCAAAUAUUUCUGUUACUGUUGACAAUAGCCACACAGACCAACGCGGAGCGCGUCAUCACCACGCUUAAAUAUUCUACAUUUCGUGUGGCUCCUAAAGUGGUCCAUGGGAACCCGGUGCUGAAGGGCCAGGUACCAUACCUAGUCUCCAUAAAGGAGUCUUCUAUGAACAUCACCCGCGCGAAGAAGUUAUGGGUCAACCUUUGUGGGGGAAGCAUCAUCAGGAAGACACACGUGCUGACAGCUGCGCACUGCUUCGAAGACAAGAAUUUUUACUACGCUAAAAACUUUUAUUUGUUGCGAGUCGUGGCGGGGAAUCUGCGCAACGAUUUGAUUGAUACAGGUCACACGUCUACAUCACAAAAAGCUCAAUGGCGGAAAAUAACCAAGGUGGUGUUACAUGAUCGCUUCAAUUUUCCCAUAAACGACAUUGCUCUGGUGUUCGUGGACACUCCGUUUGUGUACUCGGAGACAGUCAAUUACAUUAUACCGGCGAGGAAGUUGACAGAUUAUCCUAAAACAUGUAUAGCAGCUGGUUUCGGGCAGACGGGGAAGAAGGGGUCUGAAAUGUCGCGGGAACUGUUGUGGGCCGACAUCGCAGUACUGACGAGGCAGCAGUGCAACACCUGGUGGGAGAUGGAAAUGAACGACUUCAUCUGCACCAACUCCCAGGCUUCAGACGUAGGGGCUGGCGACUCCGGAGGACCCCUAGCCUGCUACGGGACCCAAGACCCUAGGGAGCAAAAAGGCAGAGACCUCCUAGUAGGCGUCGUGAGCGGCAAAAACUACGACAAAACUACUCUCUUCACCAGAGUGUCUGCCUUCGACCAUUGGGUGCAAAAUGCAGCGCCGCCGACUAGUACCGCGCGUACUUGUGAACCUACAAAGAUUGUUUUGAUUUUGGCUAUUAUAUUGUCUUGUAUGCGUUUAUUGAUUAUUUUUUAUGAAGAUAGGUAAGUAGGUAUAUGGCAUUUACUCCGCC